ACAAAAAGCCUAAAUCCACACAUCAUAGGGAAAGAGCAUUGUGUUCAGAAUCGAUUCGAUCGCUGUUCUCCACAACAACAACACUGGUUGAUCAUUCUACAACACUCGGUGUUGGAGAGGAAACAUUCAAUAUUCAACUGAUUCACGAUCAAGUGGGGGUGUUGCGAUCAGGAACUGCGAUUGCGACGAAACUGAACCUGCGAGGUCUCAGCGCAAUCCGUUCCUGCGAUUCGCCGUGUUUUCUGCGUGAAUUCUGUGCCGACAGGCACGGAUUCUUUGGAUUUUUAGUGAUAUGUUGGACUUCAGGAUAGGCGGUGGGAAAUUGGGGUUAGGGUUUUGGGUUGCUUAGGUUGUAGUUAGGGUUUCUGGGCUGUGGGGGGUGUGCCCGAGGAGAAAAUGGAACCACUUUAUGAGCUUGAGGAAGGCGAGGCACCAUACCAAGCAUGUGAUGAUGUUGAUGAUACAAACAUUGACCCUGAUGUAGCACUCUCUUACAUUGAUGAGAGGCUGCAAAGUGUUUUGGGUCAUUUUCAGAAAGAUUUUGAAGGAGGAGUUUCUGCAGAAAACUUGGGGGCAAAAUUUGGUGGCUAUGGUUCAUUCCUCCCAGCACAUCAGCGUUCUCCUUCAAUAUCGUCUCAGCCUAAAUCUCCGCCAAGAUUUCAUAACCACAACAUGCUAGUGUCUCCCAAGCAUUCGGUGACCGAGAUCCCCCCUCAGACUUCUAUUGCUCUCUCCAGUGAUACUCUGUCUCAGAAAAAUGGAGUCACAAUUUCUGGCAAUGUUCAUUCCUUGCAUAAUUUAAGGGGCCCAUUGGGUGAUGGCUCAGUGCGGAAAGAAUCCCGCUUGCCAUCAGUCCACGAUGCUGAAAAGUGCAUUUCAAAAGACGAGCCUUAUUUAAAUAAGCCACCUACUUCAACUGAUCAGAGAACACUAAAAGUUCGUAUCAAAGUGCAUCCCAACAAGACUGGAGAGAAAAAUACUGCAAUAUACUGCGGUCUUGGGCUUACUUCUCCUUCAUCGAUGGAUAGUAGCCCUGUGGAAAGUGGUGAAAUGCCAUCUGAAUUUCAAGAAACUUGUAAUGAAUCUCCUGCCAGCAUUCUCAAGGUGAUGACAUCUUUCCCAAUUGCUGGGGGCCGUCUCCUUUCACCCCUUCAUGAUCAUUUACUUACUUUGUCAAGAAGUGAAACUAACUUAGGAUGUGCUAAGCUUGUUGCUACCAAAAAGAAUGGGCACACCGAUUCGUCCAUUUCUAAUGAUGCUUCAACUUCAAGUAUGGGGAAUGUUAAUGACCUGACCCGGAAGAAAGUAAAUUAUGCUUCCCAGAGUGGUAAUUAUCUGGAACCAAAGAAUAAAGGUAAAGCUGAUAAUGGGGGUGAUAUGGUCUCCUAUUUAAAGAAAAAUUCAGGAAGUGAGACCUUUGAAAACAAACAGUUUCUCUCUACAGAUUUGAAUGCAAAAGUUUUGUUUGAUUUGGGAUGUGAUACUGGUGGAUCACCAAAAGUCACUAGCUUCAAGUCCAAAUCUUUUAGGGGGUCUGAUGAAGUCAUUCAUAUGAAGAAAAGUGGUAAGAUGAAAGACAGAUUAUUGCAUAGCAAAUUGGUUGAUGAUGAUCAUAUUGGUGCGGAGUUCGAGAAUCAAAAUGCAAAAAGCAUCUCAGUUGAGAAAAUUGGGGAAUACCAGAUAAGAUGUUCUCAUAGGGAAACUAAGGAACACUGCCUGAGUAAGGGUGACCAAGUUCUUGCUCCUGUUAUAGCUGAAUCUGAUCUCGCUGAGGGUAGAAAAGACUCUAAAGGGGUUUUAGAUCACUUAGAAGUGAAUGUGAAGGCUACAAGUCAUCAACAGGAUAAAUUAAAUAUACCAGACACAAAGAAGAAGGCUUCAGAAGGAAAAAAGAAGUCUGUGAGUAGUCAAUGUUGCGCAAAGUCUGCUUCUGGUUUUGCCCAGAAAAGUGCUGGUUCUUCUGCUAUUAUAAAGAACAAGAAGGGUUCCAGGAAGGAUGUACCAAAAAAGACAUCUGGUCAUAAGUCAAAGGAAUCUAAGUUGGAUGCACAUAGAGAACCAAAAGCAAGUUCUGAUACAUCAAGACUGAAAUCUGCUCAUACAAAAGUUGACAGCCAGGCUAUAUUUGGGAGUGUGUUGAAGGAACCUUCAACACGUGGAAUAACUCCCGCCAGGGAAUGUACACCACAGACACAAGAGGCACCGGCAGACCCUUUUCUUAUUGAAGAGGACUGGGUUCAAUGCGACCGUUGUGAGAAGUGGCGUCUUCUACCACAGGGUAUGAAGCCAGAUCAUUUGCCACAGAGUUGGAUUUGCAGCAUGCUAAACUGGCUGCCUGGAAUGAACAGCUGUGAUAUUAGUGAGGAUGAAACAACUGCAGCUCUUAAUGCUUUGUAUGCUCCACUCCAUGAGAACCCCAAUAACGUUCAGAAUCAUGUUGCUAAAACUGAAAGUGUGGCAAAUUUAGCAAAUGUUUGUCACUUUGGUGGUAGCACGCAGACUGCUAAUCACAUGACCAAUUCUGGAAGUAAAAAGCAUAAAGUAAAAAAAAGUGAAAAUGGUGAAUCAAUUGUGGCCACAACCUUAACAAAGAACACCCAUGUAGAAAUGACAAAAGGUAUAUAUUUGGCAAAUGUGAACCAGCCUCCAGGAGGGUCAAUUUCAAACAAAUUCAGUGACAGGGAUUUCACUGAACAGAGUGAGCAUGUUGUUAUGGGCGAUGAAAAAAGUAGAAAGAAAAUAAAAAGAGAUCCCAUCUUGUCUGACUAUACGGAUGUGAAGAAGACAAAAGCUGUCAAUGACAUUGCUUCUAGCAAGGACCUAAUAAUGGAGGAUUUGCCUACUAAGGCACAUGUGAAGUAUAUCAAGAAGCACCAGAACCAUGUGCCUUUGAAGGAAACAAAGUCUAAUAUAGGGGGUGGAUUACGUGUCUCUGUUAAAACUCUAGAUCAUGUGCAGGAUUCUCUUGAUAAUGGGUCUUUUGAUAUAAAGGCUUGUAAUGAAAGGGAAAUAUCUACGAAGAAAAGAAAAUUUGAGAACAAAGAUUGUUUGGAGACAUUGCAAAAUGAUGUGGGUCAUCUUGGAGUUAGCAAAGUGUCAAUCAAAGACGAGAGCAGCAAUGGUGGAUUCAAGAAACACAAGAAAUGCAAGGUGUCUCACACUGAAGCAAAUGAGUCCAGUACAAGCAAGAGUGAGCAAAAAUCAAAAGCAAAUGGUGUGGUGACCAAAAUUAUCUUGCCAAAGAGUAGGAACAGUCCUGUUAGUAGAAUUAUGAAAGACCAGCAGGUGAAGAAGUGCAAGGUAAAGAUGAAACCUCAGCUAACUCUCGAUGAUAUUGAUUCCUUGAGAAAGGAUUUGGGGUAUGAAGAAUUGUCAACAACUGCCACUUCAAGCACUUCAAAAGUUUCUGAUCCCCGUAAAAGAAGAUCUAAUGACAAAGUGAAAGGCUCUCCUGUGGAGUCAGUUUCUUCAUCCCCAAUGAGGACAUGCAAUUUGAAUAGUCUUUCAUCCACAAGAAAGCAUAUUUUAGAGAAGGAUGAUGGUAAGUAUAAUGAUAUCACUUUGUUGGGAAGCCCCAAAAAGUAUAUGGGUUGCAAUACCAAUUUCGUGAGCAAUGGGUCUGGGCAAUCGAGAAAGAGGAAUCAUAUCAUUCAUGCCAAGGUUAUUGAUAGUUCUGUGGUACAUCUUCCGGACAUUAAUGCCAGAGAAAAGUUCAAUACGGAUGUGAAGCUUUCUCCUGGUGUUGGAAAUGCCCAUUUAGGUAUGAGUGAUGCUGUUCUAUCGGGGGAAUGUAUGCAUGCUGCAAAUUCUAAUGAUAGGAAGGAUAGGAUGAAGAACCUUUUACACAAACAGAAAGCUGGGAAAAAUUUAACAGUUCGAUCCAAAGAAAAAAACAAGGAUCUUGGUUUUGGGUCUCAAAAAAAUGGAGAGAAGCUCUCUGAUCGUCCAGUUGAUAAUCUAGGCUUGAAACCAUUUCAGAGUCUGAAGGAAGAGACUGACGGUACUCAUAAUCGUCUUGAGUAUGACACUAAAUUGCUUGGAAAUAGUAAGAAUGUUGACAAUUUGGUUACUGCUAAACCAACUGGCCUGAGAAGAGAUAACCAGUUAAACGGGUCAAAUGCAAAAUUAAAUGCUUCGUGUAACAUGGAUGUGAAGGCUCCUACUCAGCAAAAGCCAAAUCCGGAGCUUGAAGCUGAAACUAUUCUGAGGGAAAGAUCAAGUCAAAUGAGCUUGAGGGAGGAAAAGGCAGGGGUUGACCUGUCUGCAGGUGAUAAGCAAGCCACUUCAACUGGUGCCAGCAGACCUCCAUUGCUCCACAAAGUAUCUCCUGUGGAUCCACAAACUAAGGAUUCUUGUGUUGCUGGUAUUUCAUCAAAAAUGUCAAAAGUUACUGGUCCUGUUGUUUGCCACAACGGCACCCAAAACAGCACAGGCCAUCUUAUUCCAGUGCAUAGUGCAAAUAGGAACAUGAAUGCUCCAAACUGUUCAGAAAGGGAUGCCUCCAAUCAGUCUGCUUCUAGUGUCUUGAGAGAAGCAGAAGAACUCAGAGAUUACGCUGACCGUCUUAAGAGCACUGGAUUCAAUUUCGAAUAUAAUGAGGCAUACUUCCAAGCUGCUUUGAAAUUUCUUUAUGGCGCUUCACUUCUAGAAAUCUGCAGUGGUGAUAGUAAUAAAUAUCGGGAGACGAAUCAAAUCCAAAUCUAUACUAAUACAGCAAAACUUUGCGAAACUUGUGCAAAUGAAUAUCAGAAACGCCAAGAAAUGGCCACUGCUGCUUUGGCCUAUAAGUGCAUGGAGAUUGCAUACAUGAGGGUAGUUUAUUGCAAAAACAUGAGUGCAAGUCGAGUUUGGCCUGAUAUGCAGGCUAGUUUGCAAAUGCCCAUGCCCCCACAAGGUGAAUCUCCUUCAUCUUCUGCGUCUGAUGUUGAUAACACAAACAAUCAAGCAAUGACCGACAAGACUGCUCUAUCUAAAGUGAUGAAUGGUUCUCACCAUGAAACUCAUGUUAUUGCUCCUUCAAACCGUCCGAGUUUUGUUCGGUUGCUCGACUUUGCUAAGGAUGUUAAUGCUGCCAUGGAGGCAUCCAGAAGAGCUCAAAAUGCAUUUGCAGCUGCUAAUAUUAUAUUGGAAGAGGCUCAAAAUAUGGAGGCUAUCUCAUCUGUUAAAAGAGUUAUUGAUUUCAGCUUCCAGGAUGUAGAGGAGCUUACACGUUUGGUGCGACUUGCAAUCGAGGCCAUCAACCGUCAAAGUAUUGGUGGAAAUAGAUAAGACAACUGUGUAUAUAGUCUACUCCUUGAACAAGCAAGCUUGUUAAUGCAGGAUGUGAUCCUGGAAUUGCAUUUCGCAGUUGGUGAAGAUGCGUGCAAUUAAGUGCUUGCUAUCCUUAUGUACAUGUGUACAAAGCAGGAUUGAUUUCUAUUAUCCUAAUUUUUUGAGUAUUCGGCUAUUUACUAUUCCCGUAUGACGAGGACAUACUGCGAUCAACCUGA